AUGGGUUGUUUCUAACCAAAAGGAAUAAAUAAAAUUGUUGCUAUGCAAACAACAAAUAGAGAAUACAUCUUUACGUCAACAGCUGACAUUCAUAAAAUAUUUUCCUUCGGGAAAGUGUUAGGAAUAGGUGCCUUCGGUAAAGUUCUGACAGCUAGAAGGAGAAAUAACGCUGAAAAAUAAUACGCUAUAAAAAUGAUUGACAAAAAAAAAGUCAAGGGAAGGGAGACUAUGUUGGCCAACGAAAUAUAUGUAUUAUAAAGGUUAGAUCAUCCAAAUAUUAUCAAAUUCCAUGAAGUAUAUCAAAGUGAACUAUACUUUUAUAUCUGUAUGGAUAAGUGUGCAGGAGCAGAACUUAUGGAAAGUGUACCCAAAAAUUAAAAAUCAUAUACUGAGGGUUAGGCAAGAGAUAUAAUGGUUAAAGUAACUUAUUAUGUUAAUUAUAGAUCAUAUCAGCAGUUGCAUAUAUCCAUGAAUAAGGAAUAAUACAUAGAGACAUCAAACCAGAAAAUAUUAUGUUUACAGAUCGUGACAUCAGANAUAUUAUAAAAUAACACAUAUAUAUAUUAAUUGAUUAAGUUGAAAUUUUAUAUCUUAAUAUUAAUAUCGUAAUUAUUCGAUUAAAUUUACAUCAAUAAUUGAAAGAUUUUGAAAAAAAAAAUAAUAUUUCUUAUUUGUUAUUUUAUGGAAUUUUAUAUAACUUCAGAUAUGAGAGUAUUUUAUAAUUAUAUUUUUAAUAUGUUUGA